UAAGACAGUUUCUAUUCUCUUCUGUCUCCAUUCUUCUCUCAAUGAAAGGAAGAUCUGGGGGGAUUCGGGGAUGUUCUCAAUUGGGAUUGAGGAAGGGGAAGGGGAAGGAGAGGAAGAAAGUGUGUGGGUUAACUUUGUUGCCAGAUGAGUUGGUUUGGAAUUGCCUGGCUAAAGUAUCGAGCUUGGACCUGGCGGCCUUACGUAUGACCUCCAAGGCACACAGGUCUCUCGCAACCACUCCUUAUCUCUGGGACUUGAGAUUGGAGAUGGGUCGCGUGGAGCCAUGUUACUACAUGUGCUUGCACAUAUUUCCAGAACCCAUCCCACGGUGGUUCAUCCUCCACCCGGUUCAACGUCGGCUGAAACCCAUCGACUCGCACGUGUAUCAGUCUCUAGAACUAGGAUCCACACCGAUCUACUCGCACGCGUAUCAGUCUCCAGAAUCAGGAUCCUCUUUCGUGGUGGCGGCUUGGGGUAUAUUUGUCAUCGGUGGACUCGUAAACGGCAAACCCACAUCGGAAGUCGCGUUUUUCGAUUGUUUCGAGCAUAAGUGGUACAAACUCCCGCCCAUGAUGAUACCUCGUACUUCCGCCUCAGCAAGCAUGAUCGACGACAAGAUAUACGUGUUUGGAGGGUGCCUUGGGGAUGACUCAAACUGGGCAGAGGUAUACGAUAUCGACACCUUAACUUGGGAUUUCUUGUGUGUGCCUAGUCGGCCUAAGAAUAUCAAACAAAGCGUGGUGAUAGACAAGAAGGUAGUUUACGCGGUGGAUGAGGAUCGUCAAAGCUUCUCCUUCUCCCCAAGCAAACUGUUUGUGUCAUGCGGCGGAAAAACAGAUUCUAAGCCAGGAGACAGAGACCACUGGUGUUUGAUUGGAGGAUUCUUAUUUUCCACUGGUCCCCGCGGGACAAUACUGUGGUGUUUGCCGGAUGAUUUGGAUUGGAAGGAAGUCAAGGGUUUGGAAGAGCUGCAACAACAACAACAGCGGUUGGUUGAAUACGGUAUCACCAAACUUACCACAAACAAUGCUUCCUACAUUGUCAUCUUCUGGAACGCCCAGCCUCAAGGUGCUGCUAGUUUGGAGCUUUGGUCUGCAGAGAUUUCCCUCAGGAAAAACGGACAAGAGAUUCGGGGAAAGAUUGAGUGGUCCGGUUGUGUCUACAAACUCGACUACCCUCUCACAGACUCAAAUAGAGUUAAGGUCGUGUUUGCUGAACCUUGGUUCCAAAAAGCGAGCGAUUCUGUUGCCAUGGCGCUAAGCGCCUUAAAGCGAGCACCUCCUCGCAUAGGGACCCCAUUGUCAGGCGAGGAUACACAAAGCGUUCGCUUUGAGGCGCCAUGGCGGUAAGCGCUAAUCUCCCACCUCUUCGCUUCGUCUCGCCACACGCUUUUUCGAACCAAGGUUCAGACAAACAAAACACACAUAGUGGAGCUAGAAGAUUUGAAAGACGCAGUCAUGAAGAAAAAUGAGGACGUAGGAGAAAGCAACGAGGAGGGUGUGGUUUCGAGAUCCAGAGAAGCACCUUGAGUCUUUCUUGCCUGUUCGAGUCAACGAGCAGACAGUAAGCAACCUGUUACAGUCACUGCUAGUGGCAGGUGCAGUGUUGGCUAUACCUGCCAUUAAGCUCAUACCAAUUUCUCUCUUAUGGAGUUAAUUCGCUUACAUGGCCAUCCAUAGCCUCCCAGGGAAUUAUUUAUUUGAACGCACAGUGCUUCUCUUCGUCCCACCAAGCCGGAGAUUCAAGGUUUUGGAGGGAGCACACGCAUCUUUCGUGGAGAAAGUUCCGUAUAAGUCAAUCGCUGCGUUCACAGGGUUACAAAUAUUCUACUUUGGGCUGUGAUGCUACGGAGUGACAUGGAUUCCAGUGGCUGGAAUCAUGUUUCCAGUCCCUUUCUUUCUCUUAAUAGCCAUCAGACAGUACCUUCUCCCGAAUCUCUUUAAACCGGCGCAUCUCCGAUAACUCAAUACCUCUGAGUACGAGGAGAUUCCUGGAACUCCUAUAAACCCUCUCGAGCUAUCUUUCAGGUCAACUGGUUCGAGGAGAAACGUUCUAGAGUGCGAUGCUGAGAUCUUAGACGAGUUAACCAAAAGAGCAGAGGCGAGUUUAGAGUCCGUCCAACAGAUAGUCUUAGCCCAGACAAAGGCCACCAGCUUUACCCUAAUGAGAUCGUAGAAGCAGGUGAGGUGAUGGAGACAUGAGUACUCCAAGAGAGUGAUCUAUCAACGAUCACAGCGACCAUGCGGAAAUGCAAAUCUUGUAUUAGGGUUUGUGUCCUUAAAUAAACUCAAGAUGUUCUUAGCAGUAAGAACUUAUGAAGUACUGGUCAAGUCUUAAACCGCGCAGGGAAAAAUAUCGUUCUCUUUUCUUUUCCCUUUAUGAAUCAAUGUUUCAUAUUUUGUAUUAUAUAUAUAUAUAUAUAAUUCAUGAACCAAAUCUUCAACU